AUGUCCGCCAAGGCGAUUCUUGAGGCCGACGGCAAGGCCAUCCUCAACUACCACCUCACUCGUGCUCCCGUCAUCAAGCCCACCCCUCUUCCCAGGCCAACCAAGCACAACCCUCCUCCCAAACUGGCCUCUCUGCACUUCCCUGAGGAUGCCCGCGUUGAGGAUGUCCUGGAGCAGGCUGAGGCCACCUAUCCUUGGCUGCUCCACGACGGUGCCAGGUUCGUCGCGAAGCCCGAUCAACUUAUCAAGCGCCGAGGCAAGAGUGGUCUUCUGGCUCUGAACAAGACUUGGCCCGAAGCGAAGGCCUGGAUCGCUGAGCGAGCUGGAAAGGAGCAGAAGGUCGAGCACACCACUGGUGUCUUGAGACAAUUCCUGGUCGAGCCCUUCGUUCCUCACCCUCAGGAUACCGAGUACUACAUCAACAUCAACUCCGAGCGUCGUGGUGACUGGAUUCUCUUCACCCACGAGGGUGGUGUUGAUGUUGGCAACGUCGAUGAAAAAGCCAAGAGCCUGUUGAUUCCUGUCGAUCUUACAGAGUUCCCUUCAAAUGAGGAAAUUGCCAAAGCCCUCCUCGAGCAGGUUCCUAAAGGCGUCCACAAUGUCCUGGUUGAUUUUAUCAGCCGACUGUACGCUGUGUACGUUGACUGCCAGUUCACAUACCUCGAAAUCAACCCCUUGGUUGUGAUUCCCAACGAGGACAAGACUUCUGCUGUUGUCCACUUCCUCGAUUUGGCUGCCAAGUUGGACCAGACUGCCGACUUUGAGUGUGGUGUCAAGUGGGCUAUUGCUCGCUCUCCUGCUGCCCUUGGUCUUACCAACGUUGCUCCCGCCAACGGCGAAAAGGUCAACAUUGAUGCUGGUCCUCCCAUCGAGUUCCCUGCUCCGUUCGGUCGUGAGCUGACCAAGGAGGAGGCUUAUAUUGCUGAGAUGGACGCCAAGACGGGUGCCUCUCUCAAGCUUACUGUCCUGAACCCCAGCGGCCGUAUCUGGACCCUGGUUGCUGGUGGUGGUGCCUCUGUCGUCUACGCCGAUGCCAUCGCCUCUGCUGGCUUCGCUGACGAGCUGGCCAACUAUGGUGAAUACUCUGGUGCUCCCACUGAGUCUCAGACUUACCACUAUGCCCGCACAGUCCUGGACCUGAUGCUCCGCGCUCCCAUGUCCGACAAGGGCAAAGUCCUCUUCAUUGGAGGUGGCAUUGCCAACUUUACCAACGUUGCCAGCACCUUCAAGGGUGUCAUCCGGGCUCUGCGUGACUACGCUACCCAGCUGAACGAGCACAACGUCCAGAUCUGGGUCCGUCGUGCCGGACCCAACUACCAGGAAGGUCUCAAGAAUAUGAAGGCCGCCACUCAGGAGCUGGGCCUCAACGCCAAGAUCUUCGGCCCUGAGAUGCACGUUUCCGGUAUCGUGCCGCUGGCUCUCAUCCCCGGCAAGUGGGAGGAAAGCAAAGCCGAAGAAUUCAGGGGUUGA